GUUGGCAACACUAACGGGAAUAUCCCGGGUUUUCGAUGUUGCCCUUCCGCAGUGCCAUCUGGCGUAAUUCAAGAAACGAAGCGUUCGUCGACCGAAAAGUUUUCGUCCAAUUUUCCACUGUAUUGGUGUGUUAUGAGAGAGUGAGUCGACACUGCUGAAAAAUGCCUCGUGGAGUAGGUGAAGGUUCGACCGCUUUGGUCUACCCAAGCGGUUGCCGAGAGGUCAAAGAGGACCUUUCCCCCGACGAACUUAUUCGACGUCUCAAGACGUUGGCUCACACUUUCCAGUCGAUGGGACAAGACGAAGGCGCCUAUCAUGAAUUUGUUCCGCUGGCCCUUCAUUUGGCUUCGGAAUACUUCUUGCUGCAUCCCAGCAAGGAUGUGCAACUGCUGAUUGCCUGUUGCAUUGCAGACGUUCUGCGAGUCUAUGCUCCAGAAGCGCCCUACAAAGACCCUGAGCAAGUCAAGGAAAUUUUCAUGUUCCUCAUCAAGCAGUUGUCAGGAUUAAAGGAUCCUAAAGAUCCGGCGUUCAAAAGGUAUUUCUACCUGCUUGAGAACUUAGCCUACGUGAAGUCAUUCAACAUGUGCUUUGAACUUGACGAUUGUCAGGAAAUCUUCUGCAAUCUCUUCCAGCUGAUGUUUCGUAUUGUAAAUGACGAACAUUCUGGAAAAGUGAAGAGUUUUAUGCUUGACGUCUUGUGUCCUCUGAUCACAGAGUCUGACAGCGUCUCUAAUAAUUUAUUGGACACCAUUUUGAUAAACAUUGUUGAACCAAGCAAGUCCACCAAAAAGAAUGCAUAUCUGCUGGCCAAAGAACUAAUUGUGAAAUGCUCCGACACCCUUGAGUCUUAUAUUCAAACAUUCUUCAACCAAGUGCUGAUCUUGGGACAGCCGAACAAGGAACUAUCAAUUUCUGGCAAAGUCUAUGAUUUGAUCUACGAGCUGAACCAUAUUUGUCCAACAGUGCUGCUGGCUGUUUUGCCACAGCUCGAGUUCAAGCUCAAGUCUCCUGAUGAGAAGGAGCGCCUUGGAGCUGUUUCCCUAUUAGCUCGGAUGUUCUCUGAAAAGGAUUCCACCCUUGCUAUACACCACAGACCUCUGUGGCAGGCUUUCUUAGGAAGGUACAACGACAUAAGUGUGGCAAUACGCACUAAGUGUGUUCAAUAUUCAAUGCAUUUCCUCCUGAACCACCCUGAACUCCGUCAAGACAUAACUCAAACCCUGAAGCUGCGACAGCAUGAUGCGGAAGAGCAUGUUCGAUAUGAGGUUGUCAUGGCUAUUGUCGCCACUGCCAAGAGAGACUUCAGUGUUGUUUCUGAUAGUGAGGACCUGCUUGAUUUUGUUCGUGAACGCACCCUUGACAAGAAGUUCAAAAUUCGUCGAGAAGCCAUGAGUGGUCUUGCAAUGAUCUAUAAAGCCCAUCUGAUGGAGCAAGAUGUACCUGAGGCAACCAAAAAGGCGGUCACUUGGAUCAAGGACAAAAUUCUGCAUUGCUACUACAUGCCUGGUCUUGAUGACAAGCUAAUGGUUGAAAAACUGCUGAACACUUGCUUGGUUCCGUUCACAUUGCCAACUGAUGAGCGAAUGAAGAAACUUUACUAUCUACUUGGAACAGUAGAUGAAAAUGCCACCAAAGCAUUCAUUGAACUACAAAAACUGCAGCUUUCCAUUCGGAAACUUGUGUCUGAGGUCCUUGAUCUUCAAAAUAAAAACGCAGACGAUGAGCGUGACAAGGAACUCAAUGCCAAAAUAGUUCAGCUCUCUAAACAUCUGCCUGAGCCUGUCAAGGCUCACGAAUUUCUGAGGAAAUUCUCAGCACACAUGUCAAAGGACUCUUCUCUGCUGCAAAUGAUGGAAACUGUUAUGAACCCAUCAGUCAGCUGCAAGACGUGCUCUGACGUCAUGUCUCAAAUUCUCAAGAGACUUGGCCAGCCAGUAAUGACAAACUUGUAUUAUAACACUGUAAAAAUGUUGUUGGAAAGAACUUCCUCUGUUAUGGUUGAUCAUGAUGCCAUCAAGGUGCUUGUUGGUUAUGUUGAGCAAUGCAUCAAGCAUGAAAAUCUAAUGGAAGAGCUGCAUUUGAAUCCCCAAAAUGCCGGAGAAAGGGGCCUGAACCUCCUGAAAGUUCUUGCGUUUGUUUUCCCGUCACACUUCCUGCAUGAGGAUGUCAUCGCCCACCUGAUUUCCCUCCUGGACUUGGACGACGUUGCGCCUUUAGUGUUGACCAUCCUCACUCUGAUUGGAAAAUUUAAGCCUAUUGGAGAGGCGUUCCCAGAUUUGAUGCGCACCCUGGUGCCUAAAUGUCAGCAGCUGUGUGGAACUGGAGGACCUAAAGAUGCCAAGCAUGCCAUCAGAUGCCUCUUCCACAACACAAUUGAAAAUAUGGAAGGAGUAUUCUCAAAAAUCAUGGAGCAAAUACGAGAUAACCUCGAUCCAAGUAAUCCUCACUACCUGACAGCAAUUGUUGCUCUUGGACACCUUGCAUACAAUGCUCCUCAGACAUUCCCUGUCAUUGUCAAGAACACAAUCUCCAGGAAAAUUGUCAAGGAGUUGCUGAUGAAAGACAGAUCUGAUGGACGUUACCAUGAUUGCCCAGACAACUGGUGCAAGGAGGAAGAUCUUCCCCAUGACACAAUUUGCAAACUGAAAGGAUUAAAGACUAUGGCUUUGUGGCUGCUUGGCCUCAAGGACGAUACAGUCAGCGCUUUUAAAACAUUCAGGAUGAUUGACGCUUUCAUAGUCAAUAAGGGUGACUUGCUAGAGGAAAAUAGAUUGAGUGUUGCUGAAAAAUCUUGGCUGAGACUUGGUGCAGGAUGUGCAAUGUUGAAAAUUUGCGAGCAGAAAGGUGUCGGAGAUCAGUUCAACGCAACUCAGUUUUUUAAUCUUUCACAGUUGAUGCAGGAUGAAGUUCCCCAAGUGCGGGAGCGGUUUGCCACAAAGCUGCAUCAAGGACUGUCACGACGCAUUCCCCUCAAGUGCCUUCCUUUAGACUUCAUGGGCUACUAUGCCCUUGCUGGUGCUGAGCCAGAUAUAAAGCUAAGGAAGGCAAUCCAGGAGUAUAUGGUGUCGGACAUACAGAGGAGAAGGGACUAUAUCAAGGCAGUCACUCUUUCUGGAUCUGUCGAGAGAGCCUUGAACCAACUGCCCCAUUUGAUGCCAGACUUCAUGCUGGUGUUUGCGGUGCCUGUUUUGGCUCACGAUCCGGAGUUCCGAGCUCCCGACAACAAGAUCCAACUGCAGCGAGUGCAAAAGUGCCUCUGGUUCAUCCUGGAGCCGCUGAUGAUGCGCAACGACAACUACUGCUUUGGCUUUUACAAGAGUCUGAUAGAGAGAAUGAAAAACCACUUUGACGCGGUUAACCCAACAGAUGACCUGACCAAUCACAAACUUUGGGCAGUUUGUGACAUUGCCAUGGGCCUUGUAAUGUCAAAGACGACUAACUAUGAAAUGAAGAAGUACCCGACAAUGCCUCGAGUUCCCCCAAUGUAUUUCAAGAGAGGUGACGACCCCAAUUACAUCAACCACAAAGUCUAUGUUCCUCUGGAAUUCACUGUGCAGCACAUGAAGAAGAACGUUACACCAACGCAGGCUCCCCCAAAGAGCAAACGGAAGAACCCCAACGACAGUCAAGAUUCCAACAGCAUUGAUGUGGUGAGCCCGAUGCAAACUUCAGACACUAAAAUACAGCUGCCCGGUUUUGAGGACGAAGAUUCCUCUCAGGCAGCAGCCUCAACUGCCUCCGAUGAUGAGCCAGUGGCUAAGAAGCCAUGCUUGACAUCAUCGGCCAGCUCAACCCCCACCACCAGUAGUACAGUGAAGGUCAUGCCUGUUGCAAACAGAAAGUAUGGUCAGCAGAAGGGAGACGCCAAACGAGGCAGGGCCCGCAAAAGCCAGUCUCCAUCUCCGUCAAGGGAGGAUGACGAAGAUGGCAAGUCCAGUCAGGAGAUUGACGAGGACGAAAUUCCUAGCUCAGACGAAAUCGAACGCAGAGCAACCAAAAGCUAUAAUAGAAAGAGAAAACAACAGCCCCCAACUGAGGAGGAAUCUGACAAAGAAGAGGGAGAGGAGAAGGAAGCGGAAAAGUCUGAGACAGUGGAGGAGCCUGAAGAAGUAAAACCGGUCACCAAAACCAGAGGCAGGGCUCGAAAGCAGCCUCUCACGGCCGUCAACACGACAAAGUCACCAACCCCUCCUUUGUCUGACACUGAGCCCGAGGUGACUGAGCCUGUGAAGAAAAGAGGCAGGCCAAGAAAAGACUCAACGACACCAACAAGUACACCCUCCACCCCAAGCACUUCAAAUUCUAACGACAAGGACACAAAAUCUUCUGAUGAGAUGGAUGAGCCUGCCGAAAAGCGGAAGAGGGGAAGACCUAAAGUUGUUAAGGAACCUGAACCGGAGAAGGUGCCUGAGAAACCAGCACCGGUAGCUAAAACAACCCGCAAGAGUGUGUCAAAUGGUGUAGCUGCCAAAGAGGAGGAGAAAAAGGAAGAUAAAAAGACGACUGGGCGAAAGAAGGAAGAACCUCCAGCGAGUGCUGCCCCUGUGCGCCACUCGACUCGUCAGACACGACAAGCUUCGAGCUAACGUACUCUCGCCGUCAGUGCUUCGAUUCUCAACCAGAGACUUGUACAAGGUGACACUUUUCUAAACAGUACCGGCAAGUUCUAUAGAGGAAUCAUUUCAUAAAACACAAUAUUAGGCAGUUGGUAACUUUGACAGCCAACAGCAUUUUUGCGCCUUAUUUUUGAAGAUUUUUCGGGAUGAUAUUGUCAUCUGUUCAUCCGCAUUAGUGCAAAUCCAAAGUGUAUAAAAUUGCUACAAUUGUAACGAUUAUAUUAUUGUCUAGUUGUAUUUUGGAUAGUGUUUGUUUCACAUUUCCUUAAUUUUAUGUGGAAGCGAGGCUUAUAUAUUUUUCAGACUAAAAAACUGCUUUCUUAUAAAUGUAGAGAACCAAACUUCUAGGAUCAUUGUGACACUCGUUUCCGUUACAUUUAGUACUUCGCUGCAUUUUCUUUAGUUUCUUGUCAUCUAUCAUUUUUAUGGAAAUAAAGGUCAACUUCACAGAAAUUAAUCUACACAAUAAAAACUUUUCUUUGUUAACAAGAAAGAAAAAAACACUUAAUUUUGAUAACUUUGGCAACAAUCAACUCUUUUAUUCCUCGACGUACUUUGUACAGAAUAGCAAACAAAAUAAAUAAUGGUCCUUAAAAAGUAAAUAAUGUCAACAAAAUACAAAUUAAAGAAGGUGGAAGUCCUUUUAAAGUGACACAAAA